GAAGCACCGGAAGCAGCAAUGUAGCAUUUAGCAACGUUAGCAUGAGCAAAUCGGUGGGAAUAAUUCGGCGUUUUUUUUCUUUGAUGUUAAAUCUUUUCAUCUUUAAUCUCCCGCUAAAGUCUACGUGACACCUGCACACCGGAAACAGCAACCCGUUACUUUCUGCUGAGUCAUUCUUUACCGCCAACCUUUGAGAGAUUGCUCAGAGGAAGAGAAGGUGCACAGGACGCCCCCUAGUGUCCAGACGCAGUAGUAAGACCAGCAGAGUCGCUAACGCUAACAGAAUGGCUGAUGAUGACUCCGCCCCCACAGAGACCAUCAAUGUGAUGGACAACACUGAGGACAGUGUGGAGGAGGUGGUGGAUCUGACCUGUGAGGCCUCAGAGGCUGCUGUGGUCGACCUGACCCACAACGACUCUGUGCUGCUCGUGGACGAAGGUCCUCAGAACAGCAGAGUGUCCUCAGGUGAGAGUUACGUCGUCAGCAGUGAUGAAGACAACGACACAUCUAAUGUCAUCAGGGCUGCUGUGAUGUCAUCUGAUCAUGUGACCAGGUCCACUCCUGGUACGAUCAGCUGUCCCGUUUGUCUCGACUCGUACUCAGAGAUUGUUGGAAGCGGCCGAUUGGUGGUGUCCACUAAAUGUGGUCACGUGUUCUGCAGUCAGUGUUUGAGAGACACUCUGACGUCGUCGCACACGUGUCCCACCUGCAGGAAGAGACUCACACACCGCCAGUACCACCCCCUCUAUAUCUGACAUCAUCAGUGUGACACCUUAUCCAGUGAUUGUUUGUUGCUGCUGAACCUUUUUUAUUUAAAGUUUGUUUUCUGACAGUUCAUUUUAUCUGAUGAAGAAAAGUAGAAAUAAAUUCUGUUGAUUCUA